AUGGAUGAAGAAACCGCAAAAAAUUCUCAGAGCAAUUUUUCAGUGGACAUAAAUAAUUUCAAUCGUAAUACAGAAUUCGGUAGUCGUCCAAACAAAUCAAUUGAUUAUAGUGAUAUUUCUGAAAAAAUGAUUGAUUUUACUCGACCAACGCCAAAAAUGACUACACCGACUGCUAUUCGCUUAAGUACCAUAGACGAAGAUGAAGAUGAUAAAGUUGGAUUAGCAAAACUUAAUAAUAAUUUUGAAAAUUAUCUCACUAAAGUCAAAAUUCUAGCCAACAUCAAUAUUGAUCUUCGUCAAGAGAUUGUUAAUGUUUUACAAAGCAAUGCGGAAGAAGAAAAGUCUAAUUCGUUAGAGAUUAAAUUCAAUCAUUUACGCCAAGAAUUAAAUGAUGAAUUAAAACGAUUAGUAUCGAUCUAUGUACGUUUACAACGUGCUGAUUACGAUAAAAAAUAUUAUUAUCAUAAAAUUCGAUCAUUUUCAAAUUCGGAUCAACUUCAAAUAGUGACACAACAACUUGAUUCGAGUGUAUAUGAAUUAAAUCUAUUAAAACAACAAUAUGUGCAACAAGAAGAAAAUUUACAAACAUGCAAAAACCAAUACAAUGAUUAUAUGAAGAGAUUAAUUGAAUACGCAAACGAUUACAAUAAGAUAGCUUAUGAACGCGCACAAACGGAAAAUUCUCUUUAUACUCUUAAUGAACAGUUAAUAUUCGAACAGGAAUACAACAAUCAAUGUAUACAAGAAUUGAGAAGUUUAGAAAAAAUCCAACAAGAUUUAAAUGAUCAUUUCAAUAAAACUGAAUUUGAUAAUAUAAUUUCUAAAAUACGUCAAGACUAUCAACAGUAUAACCAAAUUCAAUUAUCGGAAUUAGAAGGUUACUAUAAAAUAAAACUUGAUUUAGUUCAAUACAAAUUUCAUGACAGCGUCAAAGAAAAUAAUGCCGAAGAAAUACAACAAUUGCAAGAACAAAACAAAUCGCUUCAACAAAAAUUAACUCAACUCGACAAUAAUUUUCAACAUGUCAUCGAACGAAAUCGACAACAAUACGAAUUAUUAAAUGAUGAUCAUUAUGAUUUAGAAGUAGAAAUCUCUGAAAUAGAAUCCUUAAUAUUACAAUCAAGGAAUAGUGCCAUAACACUUUCGUCUGAAAUAAAUACCUAUCGAUGUUUACUCACUAAUCUCGCUCCAUCAUUUCAACAGCCAAUUAAAUCUUCGACACAUAAACAAAAACCGGACAAUUUUACAGUUCAUUAUAAAAAUGGAUUACUGUGUGUUCGAAUUUAG